UCCGCCCCCCGCCCCCGGGCCCAGCGCAGCCAGGCGAGCGGCGGGAGCACCGCGCGGCCGCGGCGGAGGCGGCGCCGAGGGAGGGCGGCGGGCCGAGCGGAGCGCCCCGGCCAUCCGUGUCCGCCGCCAGGAUGCCCCGGCCGGUGGGCCGCUCCGCCGCCAGCUGCCCCCGGCGGCCCGCGCUGGGUCCCGGGGCGUGGGCACCGCAGCCCGAGCCGGAGGCGGGAACGGCGAGCAGGAGCCCCGGGAGCCCCCAAACAGGCUGCUCGCGGUUCCUGGCGUCCCUGAGCCACCGCCUGUGAGGGCUGCUGCCCACGCCAAGGUCUGGCUCCAAGGAGGAUGCCUCGGCCGCUUGCCAGCUCCCGUUUGCACCAUGAGUGAUGAGCGGCGACUGCCUGGCAGUGCGGUAGGCUGGUUGGCAUGUGGAGGCCUCUCCCUGCUGGCCAACGCCUGGGGCAUCCUCAGUGUGGGUGCCAAGCAGAAGAAGUGGAAGCCCCUGGAGUUCCUGCUGUGCACUCUCGCAGCCACCCACAUGCUCAACGUGGCCGUGCCCAUCACCACCUACGCCGUGGUGCAGCUGCGACGGCAGCGCCCCGACUACGAGUGGAACGAGGGCCUCUGCAAGGUCUUCGUGUCCACCUUCUACACCCUCACCCUGGCCACCUGCUUCUCCGUCACCUCCCUCUCCUAUCACCGCAUGUGGAUGGUCCGCUGGCCUGUCAACUACCGGUUGAGCAAUGCCAAGAAGCAGGCAGUGCACACCGUCAUGGGCAUCUGGAUGGUGUCCUUCAUCCUGUCAGCUCUGCCCGCUGUCGGCUGGCACGACACCAGGGAACGCUUCUAUACCCACGGCUGCCGCUUCAUCGUGGCCGAGAUUGGCCUGGGCUUCGGCGUCUGCUUCUUGCUGCUGGUGGGCGGCAGUGUGGCCAUGGGGGUGGUCUGCACGGCCAUCGCCCUUUUCCAGACGCUGGCCGUGCAGGGGGGGCGCCAGGCUGCCUGCCGCACCUUCACUGUGCCCACCAUCGUAGUGGAGGAUGCCCAAGGCAAGCGCCGCUCUUCCAUCGAUGGCUCGGAGCCAGCCAAAACCUCGCUGCAGAUCACGGGCCUGGUGGCCACCAUCGUAGUCAUCUAUGACUGCCUCAUGGGCGUCCCCGUACUGGUGGUGAGCUUCAGCAGCCUGCGGGCUGACGCCUCGGCACCCUGGAUGGCGCUCUGUGUGCUGUGGUGCUCUGUGGCCCAGGCCCUGCUGCUGCCUGUCUUCCUCUGGGCCUGUGACCGCUACCGGGCAGACCUCAAGGCCGUCUGGGAGAAGUGCAUGGCCCUCGUGGCCAAUGACGCAGACUCAGAUGAUGAGAGCAGCCUGGAAGGCAGCAUCCCUCCAGACCUGGUGUUGGAGCGCCCCCUUGACUACAGCUGUGGAGGUGACUCUGUGGACCUGGACAGGAUGGCCUAUGAGCUCUCUGCUCUGGAGGAGGGUCUGCCCCAGCUCUACCCACUGCGGCCCUUGCAGGAAGACAAGAUGCAGUACCUCCAGGUCCCACCCACACGGCGCUUCUCCCAUGACGACUCCGAUGUGUGGGCUGCCGUCCCCCUGCCCUCCUUCCUGCCACGCUGGGGCUCCGGCGAGGACCUGGCCGCCCUGGCACACCUGGUGCUGCCCUCGGGGCCCGACCGGCGCCGCGGCAGCUUGCUGGCCUUCACUGAGGACGCGCCCCCGUUCCGCCCUCGCCGCCGCUCGGCUGAGAGCUUGCUGUCGCUGCGCCCCCCGGCCCUGGACUGCAGCCUGCGCCACACCCACGACUCGUCCCCCAGCAGCCCUCGCCGCCGGACUGGGCCUGGUGCCCGCUCCGCCUCGGCCUCACUGUUGCCCGAGGCCUUCGCCCUGACCGACUUCGAGCAUGAGCCGCAGGCCCUGUGCCGCCCACCGGCCCCGGCCCGGCCCUUCCCCACUUUGCGCUCAGAGUUGGGUGAAGCCCCAACGCCCCCUGGCGGCGCGCGGAGGAGCCCAGGGCCGCGCCGGGCUGCACGUGCGCACACCGGGCACCUGCAGACCAGCCUGAGUGUGUCUUGGGGCGAGCCCGGCGGCCUGCACGUGGUGGUUGGCGGCGGCGGUGGCAGUACCAGCAGCUUCCUGAGUUCGCCCUCUGAGUCCUCGGGCUACAUCACACUGCACUCGGAGUCGCUGGGCUCAGCAUCCUAGGGUUGGCAGGUGUCUCCUAAGAACACUAGGCAGCCGAGUCGCCUGCGAGGACCCCAGCACCAAAGAUGCCACUUGUGUCCCGCAUAGACAACAUGCCACCCCUCUCGGUGGUAAGGAAGUACCCGCCACAGCACCUCUGUUCUGGCUCCUCCCUGCCGGUGUUACCUGGGGGCACGAUGGCUGCCCCCCUGGACACCUGUGCUGGGCAUGGCAUCUCCUGGGACCAGUGAGGCUAGGCUUGGGUAGUGAGCCACGUCUGCACAUGGACUGCACCAACCCUCUGCAACUGGACUAGGUGCAGGGACCCUGAGACGGGGCCACCAUCAGAACAAAGUCCCAGUCUUGGAAAAGCUGGAACCAGAAACACUGAAUUGCAGACCACCCUGCAGUCUGCACGCAACUGCCACACCUCAGGGGCAUGGAUGGCAGAGGGUCUCUCUAAGCACAGGGGUCUUCAGAGCCCAAACAAGCUCUCUGAGCAGGUCUCCCAGUCUGUGACCUGUUCUGCCUCAUUUUCCUAUCUAUGAUGAACAGGUGACCAUGUUCUCUCUCAGGGCUGUUUGAAGUCUCCUGGUCAGUGUGCCCUGGCCACUCAGUGGACCAGGUGUGAGAGGAAGUCAGGGCCCUCUUGGGGUCCUUUGUGAGUGUCAGGCUUCAGCAUGUGGCCCCCAGGCCUGAGGCCUCCCACUCUCAGUGCCCCAGCCCCCUUGGAGACUGACAUUCCACCCUAGCUAAGCACAACACUUCUGCACCAUCACCAUUAGCACCACAGCCACCUUAGCCACCAUUAGUGUCCCCAUGCUCAUUACUCCACCAUAGCUGCCUGUCCCCCACCACGUCAGCCACCUCUGACUCCCACCAUGAAAGAUGUGGACUCAUGGUUCAAAGGACUGAAGCAAAGGGGAGGUGGGCUUCUUAGCCAGUGCCCAUCCCCAGCCUCACCCCUACCUACCCUGAAAAGGACCCUCCCCCACCCUGGGACAGGGCUUCUCUUUGCUCUCCUUCCUUGCAGGCCAGGGCUCUGCCAGGGCCCAGGUCUUCCUAGGUGAAGGAGAGGCUCAGGAAUAGCUGUGACCUCAUGGAGGGAUAUCACUGACAUCACGCAGUGACCCCUCAAAGUGAGGACCUGAAGCCUGUUUCAAGGCCAGCACAGAGCCAGCCUGUGUCCUGGUUCCUCUGCCUCUUAGGUGGCUAGGCCCAUUUCCUAACCUUCCAGACAGGGUUCCAGCUCCAGAGGGGCCACUGAGGGUAGGGGCAGAUGACUGCCCAACUUGACUUCAGAGGCCUCUCUUGUCCCUAGCAUAGGAUAAAGGGCAUGGGCCAGACAUAGGUGAGCAAGGGUCAGGGGGGACUGCAGUUCAGCCCCAGCCACAAGAGGAGUCCUCUCUGACCAGUGCUGCUGUGCCUUCAAGAACAGAUGUGUCACAUGGGGACAGAGGCCACCAGCUAGCCACUGUCCCCCCAAAAACUUACCUAUUUUUCACCUUGUGUUUUCACUGAAAAAUUUCAUAUCCAAUGGCAAUACUUGCAGUGGGGACAUAGUCCUCCCAAAUCACUCCAGUCUUGGUUGUUGCAAAAUUUCAGGGAGGACCCCAAAGUGGAGGACCCUGGGGCUCUCUCCCACACUUUGUCUAGCCUCCAGGCCUGUUUGCUGUGUUUGAGCUCGACCCUGGACUUGGCUGGGGAGGGAGCUCUGUCUACAGACCACAUCCAUCCCAGAGCCAGGGCUCCGUUUGUAGUUUUUUUGUUUUGUUUUGACAACUGAGCAUUUCUCUUCUGUACAGGACCCAAUAAAAACUUCUGUAUGAUUUGCA